AUGAGCGGGUGGGGGUGUCGGGGCGGCCCGGUCCCCCGCGGGGGACCCCACGGUACCGGGCGCCGGCGGCCGUGGCGGCUGCUGCUCCUGGCCUGGCUCAGCCUGGGCUGCGGCGUCGGCACCGCACAGGGCCCAGCCCUGGGGAUGCCGGCGCGGGUCCCCGAGCCCCCAGCCCCUGCUCGGCCCCGCCGGCAGCCGGCCCGGGGUGCCUGGGGGCCCUGGGGACCCUGGAGCUCCUGCUCCAGCUCCUGCGGGGACGGCGUCGCCCUCCGCACCCGGAGGUGCCUGCGGUCUGCCGAGGAGGAGCCGUGCACGGGCGACCCACGGCAGUACCGGCUCUGCCAGCUCCAGGGCUGCCCCGGCGGCUCGGUGCCCUUCCGUGCCAUGCAGUGCUCCCUCUACGACAACAAGCCCGUCCUGGGCACACCGGCCCGGUAUCGCUGGGUGCCUUUCCACGGAGCCCCCAACGUCUGCGACCUCAACUGCCUGGCUGUGGGGCACAACUUCUACUACACCUUCGGCCGGGUGCUGGACGGCACCCGCUGCGGCCCCGGCUCCCCAGACCUCUGCGUCGGUGGGCGCUGCCUGAGCGUGGGCUGCGACGGGAUCCUGGGCUCGGGCAGGCAGCCUGACGCCUGCGGCCAGUGCGGCGGCGGCCACGACAUGUGUCUCUUCGUGCACCGGCUCUUCCAGGGCGCGGACUCCUCCUCCGGUUAUUUUGGGUACAUGAAUGUGACCAAGAUCCCGGCUGGGGCCACCCAGAUCAAGGUGACGGACAAGAGCCGCAACUACCUCGCCCUGAUGACAAGCGAUGGGCGCUAUGUGCUCAACGGGGACUGGUCCAUCGCCUGGCCGGGGCCGUACGAGGUGGCUGGCACCCAGCUGCACUAUGCCCGGGCACCCGACGGCACCGAGAGCCUGGAGGCACCCGGGCCCACCGACGAGGAUCUGCACGUGAUGGUCCUGCUGCAGGAGCCCAAUCCCGGCAUCGAGUACGAGUUCUGGCUGCCCCGUGGGCACCCCCAGCCCGGCCGUGGCGAUGCCAGCCCCCUGCGGCAGCCCCAGCCCCGGGGGGCUGGCAGCCCCCCGCCCUGGGAGCCCCCGGUCACCCCGGCCCCUGUGACGCCGCCCCAGCCCGCGGGCUCUGCCACGGAGCUGCCACCAAGAAGCGCCCCCGGCCGGAGCGGGGCUGGGGCUGCCACAGGGCGAUGCGGGAGGUGCCGCCCGGCCAAGGGACGCUCCCAGCGCAUCCGGCACUUCUGCCAGAGCGACUUUGUCUUCCAGGGCCGGAUCCUGGCACAGCGCUUGGUGGGGCAGGAGACACGCUACGAGGUGGAGGUGAAAAAGCCGUAUAGGCACCGCUUCCCGCUGGUGACCCGGGAGUACGUGUGGGUGCCCAACACCUGCGGCUGCCCCCCGCUCCGGGAGGGCGGUGAGUACCUGCUCAUGGUGCGGCGGCACGUCAACUACGAGCGCACGCUCAACCGCAUCCUGCUGCAGGACGACGGCUACGCCCGGCCGUGGACGCCCCGCGAGGACCGGUUGGUGCAGGAGGCAGCCCAGCACUGCCCCCAGCCCCGGCCGCCCUGA